UUGUGCUGCUCUUAGUUCUUUCAGUUUUCAACGAAUUUCGCUCGCAAAUAGUGUUCCUUUCACAUUAAAAACAAUGGAAGACGACCUCAACCAGCUCUCCGCCAACAUCAUCACCAACCUGGACAAAAUCAACCGCAUCCUCGGCACCGGUCGCCUCGAAUCGAAACUGCUCAAAAACGUCGACCUGCCGGAUCGUCUGCUCCGCCUCUCCCAACAGGACUGGACGCCGUGCUCGGACGCGCGCUCAACGAGCCCCGCCGACCGCCUGUCGGCGGAAGACGUGGACGCACUUUUCGCCAAAAUCCGCCACCGUUCGGCACCGCCCAAGAAGACGACGGCCCCACUCAAGAAGGCCAUUCCGCUGCAGCAGUCGCGGAUAUUGAACGAAACAAACCUGGUGAGCAGUCAGUCGGGGUCGUUCAGCGAUCUGAGUGAGAGCAGUGGGAAGGCGAAGCUGGCGAUCGACGUCGAGGCGCUGGUCAGUUCGUUGCGGAAGUCGGCGCAGUCGCUAGGGGAGAUCGAGAACCGGACGCUGGAGCCGGUUGAUUUCGAGCGGAUUGAACGGUAUAGUAAGCGCGAGGGAGCUAAGCUUCGGGACGGGGUGAGGGAUGUGGAGAUGAUGGUGGUUGACCUGGAGAAGUACGUGAAUAGUGAGCGGUUGGGGGAUGAGGAGGACCGGAAGGAGCUGAUGCGGGAGACGCUGGUGGGGAAGCUGAGGGAGUUGUCGGAGACCAUGUCCCAGGUGAUCUUCAUCAAGAACAACGAAUACAUUCCGGAUAUGAGCAAGACGCUGGUGCUGGAUUCGUUCCCGCUGGCGGAGUGCCUCGACGAUGUUAACGAAAACAUUCGUCAGAAGAAGCUGUAUCAAUAGUUUUAAGCUUGUUUAUGUACCUACAUUAAUUUCGUAUUAAAAUGCUUUAUUGUA